AUGAAUUUGGAAAUGACACUCUCCAGCUCCUCAAUCAAGCAACCCAAACCUAGUUCUGAAACUAGUACCCCAAGCGUCUCAAAAACCAAGAUCCUUCCUUGUAAACCCACAAAAGACCGCCAUUCCAAGGUAAAUGGUCGAGACCGCCGAAUCCGCCUGCCGCCAAUAUGCGCUGCCCGUGUGUUUCAGCUUACUCGUGAGCUCGGUUACAAAACUGACGGCGAGACCAUAGAAUGGCUCUUACGCCAGGCCGAGCCGUCCAUUAUCGCUGCCACUGGCAUUGGUGUGGUUUCCACUACUUGUGGUCCCACUGCCGGUUGCAUGGUUCCUGUUUCGUCCUGCCCCCCUAUGGGUUUCUCAGACUUUCCUUGCAAGGAGGAGACUGGUCAUGAAAAUAAGUGUGUGUUUUCAAGGCCUGAGCCGGUGUUGCCGCCUUUCGAAUUUGAUUUGGUUGCAAACUUUGAUUUGGAAUUUUCCCCCAACGAGAUCGCCAUGUUGCAAUCGGUGACACAGAUUGAUAAGGAGAAAGAUCAAAAGAAUGAGACUGAAAGCGAAUUUAACACCUCACUAUAG